AAGUCAGGCUGCAGUCCAGCGUUUUCCGUAAAGUCUCUUCAAACUUGUGACGGACAAAAUUCCCGUCUGCAGCUUUAAUUUCACCCUGCUGUAGGUGUCUACUGACGGGAAACUGUUAGCUAUUUCUGCUCUUUAACUGUCAGUUUCGUGUUAAUGUUUAUUUGUUUUUCGUACGUGAGAUACUCGGCGUGUAAUUUAAUCUAAUUCCACGUUGAUAAACAGGUUUAUUUUUAGGGAUUUAACCUCAGAAGUGUAAAGUAAAGUAAAGAUUCCUUCAGAAGAACAACAAAAUGAACUGUGGCCUGCUGACAAACAAGAACGAACCAGUUCCACUAAAGAACAUCGAGGUGGAUCUGCAGGUUCAGGGGCAUGUAGCGACAGUGACCUCCACCCUGAAGUAUAUAAAUGAGGAAGAUAACACCCUGGAAGCAGUGUUUGUCUUCCCCAUGCCUUCAGGAGCUGCUCUCUGCCAUUUCAGUGCCAAGAUUGCAGAUCAGGAGAUAGUGGCUGAGGUGCAGGAGAAACAGGAGGCGCGGGAGCAGUAUGAUGAUGCACUGAGUUCAGGUGAACAGGCGUUUCUGCUGGAGGAGAGUGAGGAGUCUGCGGACGUGUUCAGGCUCAGUGUGGGCUCUCUGCCUCCACACCAGAGUGCCGCUGUCACCUUCAUCUAUAUCAUUGAACUGAGUGUGCAGGCUGACCAUUCACUGCAGUUCUGUCUGCCUGCAGUACUCAACCCUCGCUACACACCAGCUGGUACAGGGGGUGGUAUAGUGUCAGAGAUAACAUCAAGUUCUACUGGUAUCCCCUACUCCCUCUCUUUUACUGCACAUAUAAACUCUCCAAACCCCAUCACUAAAGUGGAGUCCAAAUGUCCUCUAGAGCCUCUGAUGUUCCUCAACACAGACCACACCAAGGCAAAGGUAAGUCUUGGUGCAGGUCACAUGUUUGAUCGAGAUGUCGAGCUGUAUCUAUAUUAUCAGAAUCCCCAUCAGCUCACUGCUAUAGUGGAGGCUGGAGCUCCUGCAGCAGAGUCAGGAUCUCUCAUGGGAGAUCCAGUGGUCAUGGUCAGUUUCUAUCCAGAGUUCCCUGAGUCAGUGAUGUCCUCCAUGUCGACGUGUGGUGAGUUUGUGUUUGUUAUGGACAGAUCUGGCAGUAUGUCCUGUAGCAUGCAUUAUGGACCAGGUGCACAGGGACGCAUCGACUGUGCCAGGGACACUCUUCUCCUGCUACUGAAGAGUCUCCCCAUGGACUGUUACUUCAACAUCUAUGGCUUUGGCUCUCACUAUAGUUCCUUCUUCCCUCAAAGUGUGCAGUACAAUCAGGACACUAUGGAGCAGGCGGUGCAGAAGGUAAAGGAGAUGCAAGCAGACAUGGGGGGCACAGAGAUUCUGCCUGCUUUGGAACACAUUUACAAGCAACCUUGCAUCUCCAACCACCCAAGACAGCUCUUCAUAUUUACAGACGGUGAAGUAGGAAACACCAAAGAUGUUCUUCACUGUGUCAAGAGCAAUGCUGAUCUCCACAGAUGCUUCUCAUUUGGGAUUGGUGAAGGUGCAAGUUCUGCACUCAUUACAGGAUUGGCUGAGAACAGCUGUGGCCACGCCCAGUUCAUCACAGGAACUGAUCGCAUGCAGGCCAAAGUAAUGCAGUCUCUUCGCUAUGCUUUACAACCAGCAGUGACUGAUAUCACUGAGGACUGGUUUGGAUUGUCUUUCUCUCAUCUGAGCCCCCAAAUUAAAUCACUGUUCCAUGGUCAAAGAGCACUGAUUUAUGCCCAGUUGAAAGGAAAGGAAUGUCAGAACCCAGAUGCUAAGGGAAAAAUAUCAGUGCAGUAUCGCUUAGGGGGUCAAGAGGUCACAAACAGUGUUGACUUCUUCCUGAAGCCUGUCGAGAACACAGGGAUGGCCAUCCACAGGCUUGGUGCUCGCUCUCUGAUCCGUUCUCUGGAAAGAGACGAGAGGGUUGAUGGAGCUGAUAAAGAUGCUCUGAAGGCCAGAGUGGUGAAACUGAGUAAGCAGUGUGGAGUGAGCAGCUCACACACAGCCUUCAUAGCUGUUCAUAAGGGCAACAAACAAGCUGUGAAGGGGCCGCUGGUGAAGAGGAGAAUUCCUACCCCGAUAAUGAUGGGACGUUCAAUGAACUACUGUUAUAUGCCGAGGAAAAAAAAAGUUCAGCACCCUAAUUGUUCAUAUCGCACAGCAAGGUGUGAAUCCACUAAGGAGACUGACUCACCAGACACAUUACCAAUGCCAAUGCUUGGUGUGCCCUGUGCAGACUCCCUUGCGUUUCCUGGUGCAGCAAUGUGUGACAUGUUCGGUACAGACUCCCUUGCGUCUCCUGCUGCACGACUGCGUGUUGCGCUCUGUCAACAAUCCGCCGCAUUUGCUCCACCAAUGCCAAUGCUUGGUGUGCCCUGUGCAGACUCCCUUGCGUUUCCUGAUGCAGCAAUGGCUGGUGGGCUCUGUACAGACUCCCUUGGUGAUGCAGGAUCUGACACAAGCCCAGGGACUCCAAAGGACUUACUGAUGGAGCUCAUCUCUCUCCAGAAGGCUUCAGGUUGCUGGGAAAUUGGGUCUUCACUUGCAGAGGUGUUUGGGAGAACAGAAAAAGAGCUGAUCGAGAAGAUUCCUGCACAGGUGAAGCCAGAUGUCUGGGCUACACUUCUUGCAUUGAUUUGGUUGCACGGCUUUAAGAUCGAUGCUCAGGUUGAGUGGCAGUUUUUGGCCAUGAAGGCAGUGUCAUGGAUCCGCAGUCAGAAAGUGGUCAACCAGUCAGAGUGUAUACAGGCAGGAAACUCUUUGCUGGGCUGUCAGGUUACAGAAGAUGCUCUUGGCCUCUGAACUCUUUCAUCCCGCAGCAGCCACGAGAAAGAAUAAUUCUUUAAAAAAAAAAAAAAAAGCUUUCAUUAGCCUGAUUAUCUCUAUAAAUGUAUUGCAACAGCAAGGCAGGUUUUAUUGUUUUUUCUAUUGACUGAAUUCAUUUGGAUUUGAGAUCAAAAAAUGUAUGAGACAAUAGAUCAGAAUUACAGCUUUAAAUCCCUGAUAUGUCCAUUUACAUCUAGCUUAGAACAUGCUCCUUUUGUGUGAACACAUCCAUUUAUUAACUGAUCAAAAAUAUUGGCACAUGCAACUGUCAGGUGUUUCGCAUUGCCCAGUUAGCACUGAAUAUCUACUCUUGCUUUGAAAACCACAAAAGCAAACUAUUUUGAAUCUGAGAAUAGAGGGAAACAGAUCAGAGUUAUUGCACUAACGUUGGGCAUAGCAAAUAAAACAAUUUGGAAUGUCCUGAAAAAGUAACCACUAAUGUACUAACGAGCAGAUGUUCAACAAAUGGCCAAGGAAAACAACAGUAUUUUAAGAGUUAUGAUGAAAAACCCAAAUAUGACAGUCAGUGAUGUCUGUUCACGGGGCAGGUGUGAAUGUAUACCACAAGAUCUAAACAUCUUAUAAGCAGUAAGGAUCAGAAGGUCAGAUUAAAAUUCAAAAAGAGGUAAAGAGAUAAGGGGGGCACGGUGGCUUAGUGGUUAGCACGUUCGCCUCACACCUCCAGGGUUGGGGUUCGAUUCCCGCCUCCGCCUUGUGUGUGUGGAGUUUGCAUGUUCUCCCCGUGCCUCGGGGGUUUCUUCUGGGUACUCCGGUUUCCUCCUCCGGUCCAAAGACAUGCAUGGUAGGUUGAUUGGCAUCUCUGGAAAAAUUGUCUGUAGUGUGUGUGUGUGUGUGAGUGAAUGAGAGUGUGUGUGCGCCCUGCGAUGGGUUGGCACUCCGUCCAGGGUGUAUCCUGCCUUGAUGCCCGAUGACGCCUGAGAUAGGCAGAGGCUCCCCGUGACCCGAGGUAGUUCGGAUAAGCGGUAGAAAAUGAAUGAAUGAAUGAAUUUACUUUCGUUAUUUAAAGACAGUUUUUGACCUGUUAUUAUACUUUUUCUCACAUAAUUGGGUGGUCUGUCACCAAAGGUGUUGUGUUAUUGAGUUUAACACAUCUAGAUGUAAAUGUCAUUAAAUAAAUGCUGAAAUUCUGAUCUGUUGUCUUAUCGUCAUCCCUUAAUAACAAACACAAGAAUACAAAAAAAAAGAGAAUUUGCCUUACUGUACAGAAUUUUUUAAUAUCUUUGCACAGAUUUGUUUGUCAAUUGCAAAGAAUUCAGUUAAAAUACAACAGUGACAUUAAGUUUAUAAAAUCUUUCCUUUAGUUCAGGUUUUCGUUUAACAUGCACUGAUGUUAUCCAACGAUUUCCAACAAUAUUGAAGUAAGGGAGUGACCGGAAAAAGAGGGCUGGGCUUUUACUAUAUACUUUACUUUUAUUAUAUCUGCUAGCUAAAAUACUGUAUGUUUGCUUUACUUAAAUCUUACUUUUUAAGAGCUUAUUGUGAGAAUGGAUACAUUCUGUUAAUUGGUAAUCAUCUUAAUAAAACUUAUCUGUGCA